AUGCCACCACUUGAUCUUUACACAGACCUAGAGGACUACAUGAGUGGUUCCCAUGACUUUGCACACAUAGAUGUCUACAAGUUUGCAUUGUUAUCUCGUGCUGAGAAGGAGGGUAUCGCAGUUGAUCCAAUUAAUAUCUGGGACAGACUGUCACAUCCUGGGUCACCACUUAGACCACUUCACUCUAUUGCCCUGCACCUUCUCUCUAUCUGCCCAAAUUCCGCCUCUUGCGAGCGCCUUUUCAGUGUCUUUGGCGCAAUUCUCAUGAAAUGGCGAAAUUGGCUCUCAACAGAAACCCUCACGCUCCUCGCUGAACUCAAGAUGUAUGUUCAUGAAGAGCAUGUACGCAACAAUGUCAUCAAGAAGCAGCUUAAGUGCCAGUACUGUGACGAGAAAGAGUCUGCCAAAACACAGGCAACCAAUGAUUCAGAUGCAGGAAGUGGUGAGCAAGAACAGCGCAGCAUUGCCUUCGAGAGGCAAGGGAUAAGUCAGCUCGCACACAACCUCAUUCAAGCUGUUGAUGAAGAGGAAGCUGUUGUUGCUGAGGAAAUGAUGCACUCAGCACCUACCACUGAUCCAUUCACUCGUAUCCCUAUCAGUGAUUUACUCGACUACUCUCGCGCCGAGGAAUGGCUAGGAUCCUUCUAUAAAACAGCCAUCCGAGGUUUAGAUGCUGAGCUCGAGUUGUACGAGCUUCUCGACUUAGAUGCAGAAGGAAUUGAAGAUCCGGAGUUUCCUCAAGUUGAUGAUGUCCUUGCUGAAUAGAUUUAUUGCUGUUUCAUACUGUACUGACUCGGAGAACAUUGAAUAUGUUGCUACUAGCAGAUGAUACGAGUUUUUCGACUGUGCGGCGGCAGCGGCUCUGUGGUUCAUUUUUGCUUCAUUGUCCAAUCACAACGCGAUUAUA